AUGCAAGAACUCUGGCUGCUUCGUUUGAAUUGGGAUGAGUCAGUACCUCAAGCUCUUCACUCUGCAUGGGAAACGUUCGUUCAAGACCUCCAUACACUUUCUUCUAUGAAGAUACCGCGAUUUUGCCUAACAAUAGGCCCUCAACAAGUAGACAUCCACGGAUUUUGUGAUGCCUCAAUAAGAGCAUAUGGAUGUUGCAUUUAUCUUCGUUCUCAGGAUAAGUCAGGUAACGUGACAGUCAAACUAUUUACUGCAAAAUCCCGCGUAGCUCCGAUAAAGAGGAAAUCGUUGCCUAAGUUAGAGUUAUGUGGUGCGUUACUACUUGCCAGGUUAUUACAAAAAAUUCAGCCGACACUCGCUCACCUCGAAGGAGAAACAUUUUUUUGGACGGAUUCCCAAAUAGUUCUGCAUUGGUUGAAACAACAUUCCUCGACUCUGUCUGCCUUUGUAGGCAACCGUGUGGCUGAAAUCCAAGAUAUAACUCGCGCUGGUCAGUGGCAGCACAUAUCUACAAAAAUUAAUCCAGCUGAUAUUGUUUCUCGUGGUUGUACCAAUCGCCAACUAACGGAGUCUACGUGGUUCACUGGACCAGAAUUUUUAUUACGUGAAAGAAAACAUUGGCCUCAACCAGAACAUAGCAAUUUAGAUAUGGAAGUAGUCAAUAAGGAAAGAAGAAAACUUGCGUUUACUCAGGUAACUAAAGAAAAUUAUUUGCUGACAGUUAUAUCAAAGUAUGGCUCCUAUACUAAAAUACUACGAAUAGUAGCGCAACUACAUCGAUUCCAUCAGUUAACCAAGUAUAAAGAGAAAGCUGACGUAGAGUUCAUUCAACCUAUGCAAUUACAAAAAGCACUGCAUUGUAUUGUUUGGAUUAUCCAAAAUCAUUUUUUUUCUCAGGAUAUACAAGGCCUACAGCGAGGUAACCCAGUGGAAGGGUCACUCAAGCACCUAAACCCAUUCUUGGAGGAAGCGUCAGGUUAUCAACUCUUAAAGGUAGGAGGGCGUCUCGCACUUAGUGACAUUGCCAGGGGUCAGCGACAUCCGAUUCUACUGCCUAAAGGCUGUUAUUUUGUGGAAUUGUACGUUCGGCAUCUUCAUCUGAGCAACUAUCAUGCAGGAGCCAAGGCAUUAAUCGCCCUUACUCGACUUAAGUUUUGGAUACUAAACAUUCGCGAUAUUGCGCGUCGAACGGUUCGGUCUUGCAUUCACUGCGUGCGUUACAAACCGAAAUUGCUUGGUCAAAUAAUGGGUAACCUUCCUAUUGAACGCGUCACUCCCAGUAGGCCAUUCGCUCGUACAGCAGUAGAUUUUUGUGGGCCAGUAUUAACGUAUCUUGGUAUUCGGGGAAAAGCCCCAUUCAAAACGUAUAUAGCUAUCUUCGUCUGCUUAUCAACAAAGGCGGCACACAUCGAGGCAGUGUCAGAUUUAACUACGGACGCCUUUAUCGCAGCACUAAAAAGAUUGAUCGGCAGAAGGGGACUGCCAUCAGAUAUCUACUGCGAUAAUGCAACAAAUUUUGUUGGUGCUAGCAACAAGCUGGCUGACUUGAAAAACUUUUUAUUUAAUAAAACUAACCAAUCUAAUUUGCAGACUUUUUGCACCAACCAAUUCAUCAAUUUCAAUUUUAUACCGCCUAGGACGCCUCACUUCGGUGGGCUAUGGGAGGCGGCUGUGAAAAUUGCUAAGGGCCAUCUGAACCGAACCCUUGCAAACACUCGUCUUACGUUUGAGGAACUUGGAACAGUACUGAUUGAAAUCGAGGCCAUACUUAAUUCGAGACCAAUAUCACCGCUGUCUUGCGAUCCAAGCGACUAUGAUGCAUUGACACCAGCACAUUUUCUUAUCGGCGGCCCACUUAAGACAUUACCGGAAUCAACAUCUCAAUAUGAUAAAUUGCCACUAGCAGAUAAGUGGGUCCGUGUGAAGGCUGUAAAACAUCAUUUCUGGCGCCGAUGGGCUCGAGAUUAUCUAAACGAGCUGCAGACACGUACCAAAUGGACAAAGGAACAAUCAAACGUCAGCAAUGGAACAUUAGUAAUAAUCCACGAGGAUAAUAUGCCCCCACAACGUUGGCUGAUGGGAAGAAUCAUUCACUGUGUAAACGGUCCAGAUAAGCAUAUUCGCGUAGUCGAUCUGCAGACAUCCAAAGGAGUCAUCCGUCGACCAAUCCACAAACUUGCACUAUUGCCAGCUUGA